AGAGAGAGAGAGAGAGAGAGAGAGAGAGAGAGAGAGAGAGAGCAGAAAAUCUUAGUGAGUGAGAGAGAAGAGAACAAGUUAGCAAGAAACAGAGCAGAGAGGAGAACAGUGGUGGUAUUUUUAUUCUGACCACAGAAACCUGUUGACAAGCUUCCGUGACGACAGCCCAUCUAGAGCGUUUGCAUUCAAGUUCCUCAAAACAACAUUGCAGCUGAAGGAAGAAUGUCAGAAAGGCUGAGUGAAGAGAAAAAAGAAAGAGUGUAAGAAAGAUAAAUUGAAGAGAGGGAAAAGCUGACAGAGGGAGGCAAGAGAGAGAGAGAGAGGCGAGAGAGAGAGGCGAGAGAGAGAGAGAGAGAGAGAGAGAGAGAGAGAGAGAGAGAGAGAGAGAGAGAGAGAGAGAGAGAGAGAGAGGGUAUAAUCCAUUGGGGCCUUCAAUGCCAUGUGACAUGACAGAGGGUACUGCUGGGGGACUUCUUGCAGCAUGGAUCUCCAAGCUGAAGUCCUGAGGAGCUUCCUGGACCAGUUUUCCAGCAAAGAGGCCACAUCGGCUCAUGAAGAUAGUGCUUACGCUGUUGAGUUCUUGAAAUUGAAGAGACAGUCCACUAAGUACCGCACUGAGAAGACCUACUCUACCAAGGCUGCUGAUAGGCAGGACAAUGUGAAGAAGAACAGAUAUAAGGACAUUGUUCCAUUUGACCACAGCAGAGUGAAACUCUCACUGAACACCUCCAAAAAUGACACCGACUACAUCAAUGCCAAUUUCAUCCGGGGAGUUUUUGGGCCAACAGAGUAUAUUGCCACUCAAGGCCCACUGCCACACACAGUUCUGGACUUCUGGAGGAUGCUUUGGGAAUACGAUGUGAAGGUCAUCGUAAUGGCUUGCAGGGAAUUUGAAAUGGGAAGGAAAAAGUGUGAGCGCUACUGGCCUGAACGUUUGCUGGACGUAUUUCAGUGUGAACCGUUUACAAUACACUGUGAAUCAGAAGAGAACAAGGGAGACUAUUUGAUAAGGAGCCUGCAGGUGACUUUUAAAAAUUCGUCCCGCACACUGAAGCAGCUGCACUAUAUGAACUGGCCUGAUCACGGUGUACCAGACUCCAUCCCCCCGAUUCUUGAGCUUCUGCAGGACAUGCAUGUGUUCCAGCAGCAGUCCGAUGUGCCGAUCUGCAUUCACUGCAGUGCUGGCUGUGGAAGGACAGGUGUGCUGUGUGCCAUUGACUACACUUGGAACCUACUGAAAAAACAAAUGAUACCAAUGGACUUCAGCAUCUAUGACCUUGUUCAAGAGAUGAGAACACAGAGGCCUUCCAUAGUCCAGACUAAGGAACAGUAUGAACUGGUGUACAGAGCGAUUACAUUCUUGUUUAAGAAGCAUCUGCAGAUGAUGGCAUCAAGCUCAAAGCAAAAAGAGCUUCCACCUGCACCUCCACCCAUGCCUGUAGACAGUGAGAGUGAGGUUUCAGACUUCAGUGAGUCGGAGGAAGAGCUAGAGCCUACAGACCAGAAUAGACUACAUCCUUGCUAUGAUUCCAGGUAUAAUGAAACAGAAUUUCCUAACCAUAUUGCACCAAGCGCAGUCUCAAAGCCACUGCCACCUCAUUUGCAACCUCCCAGUUCAUCAGACCCCAAACGCACACCAGUAGAGAGGCUCAAUGACAUGAAGAACUGGGCCAAGUCUAAAAUGUCCCCAAGGGCUACUGCCACAGGUCAACUGCAGAAGACAGACCUUGGAGUUCAAACGUCCCAGAUAAAUAAACCUCGUCCAUUUCAGGAAACAUAUUUUGGAUACCAAAAGUCCCAGCCACCUAAUCCUCCUACAUUUCAGGAAACAAGUCUUGGACACCGGAAAUCCCAGAUACUUGAACCUCUUCUUCUGCCGCAAAUAGAUCUUGGAUACAAAAAGUCCCAGAUACUCGAACCUCCACCAGUGCAACCAACAUCUCUUGGAUACCGAAUGUCCCAGAUACUUGAACCUCCUCCGGUGCAGCCAACAGAUCUUGGAUACCGAAAAUCCCAAAUACUUGAACCUCCUCUGGUGCAGCCGACAGAUCUUGGAUACCAAAAGUCACAGGUACUCGAGCCUCCUCCACCUCGGCAAACAGAUAUUGGAUACCGAAAGUCCCAGAUACUCGAACCUGCUCUACUUCAGCAAGCCGAUACUAGUUACCAAAGGCCCGAGAUACUCGAACCGCCUCCCCUUCAGCAAAUAAAUAGUGGAUUCCAAAAGGCCCAGAUACCUAAACCUCCUCGAAGUCAGAAAAAAGAUAUUGCAUGUCGAAAAUCUCAGAUAUUUGAAACUCCUCCAGUCCAGGGUACAGAUCUUGGAUAUCAGAAAUCACAAAUACUUGAACAUACUCUUCUUAAGCAAAUAGAUAUUGGAUGCCAAAAGUCUCAGAUUGUUGAACCUACACCAAUUCAGCAAACAGAUCUUGGAUACUUAAAGUCCCCGAUACUGAAACCUCCACGACCUCAGAAACCAGAUUUUGGAUGCCAUAAUCCCCACGCUCCUGAAAGUGCUACAACAAACCAAAACCAGCACAAAGAGACUCUGAAAUCCAAUCAUUACAUCAGACCAACACCAGAAGAGGAGCCUAACCCAGAUCAGAUGCUUCAAACAAAAAUGGACAAUGAUGGUGUUCAUAUCCCAGCUCCUUCUAUCUGUCUUACAGUGGAGGAUCCAUAUUUUGACCCAGAUUCUCCUAUGUCAGCUGAGCCUACAGUGUAUACAGAUGAAGCACCUGUCUUCUUGGAAAACCCUUGUUACACUGACACCACUCUGGCUCUUAAAACUCAAAGUACUGAACUGCCAAUGAAGGACAAAUAUACAGGGGUGACUACACCUAUAUCUGAUGAGGACAGUCCUCCUCCUUUACCAGAGAGGACCCCAGAAUCCUACAUUAUGGCUUUUGAAGAUGUUCCUCAGAUUCUAACUCCUACUCUUCAGUUGCCUACUGAAACACCCCUGUUGAAAGCCCCGCUCAAAGUUCCCAACUUACCAGACGUGGACGAUUUUAGCGAUAAAGGUGACACUGCCAACAUUGGUGUCGACCAGAGCCUGACAUUGGCCAUCCCACCUGAUACCUUUUCAGUCACUGGAGGUGCAAGCCCGCCUUCUCCUGCACCACCUUUGCCAGAACGAACUCCAGAAUCUUUUGAAAUGGCUAAUGACGAAGAUUUAUUGCAGAAUGCAGUACAAGAAAAACCCCAGAAAACUGUUCUCAGAGUGGGGAAAUCCUCUGAAUGGUCUGGAAAUUCAAACUUAGAUGCGCCAGACUUUAAUAGGUCCUGGUCCAGGAGCAAGAGUUUAAGAGCUAGACUGUCGCUUAAUGUUCCAGUUAACAUCCAUUCUAUUGCUCCACUUCACAUACCUACAAAAGAACCUCCUAAGUGUCUCACUCCUCCUCUCCCUGAAUGCACGCCUGAUUCUUUUCUGAUGAAUGAUACUCAGGAUUCUCUUACUCCUCCACUGCCUAGAAGAACCCCAGAAUCUUACAUCAUAGUAACAAAAGAAGCUCAGAGUAACAGCGCCCCCUGUCAGGAUGAUACAGUCCAGCAAAUGCAGAGAUUGGGUACAUCCUCUGAGUGGGCAGGAAACUCCCAACCAAUGGCGUCAUUCGAUGUGAUGUCCAGAAGCAAGAGUGUUAAAGUGAAAAGUUCAAAACGAGAGUGUUUAUCUGUGGUUCCUCUGCCUCACCCAGAUGAUGGCGCUUCAGCAGAACCUGUAUUAUCUACAGCACAAGACCAGACGUCAUCGGACAGCAGACCUCCUGCAGUGGAGCCGGCUGAGAAGAUAUUGCUUCCCAAAAAGUGCAGGACCAAGAGUUUGAGGUUAUGGAAAGGAAAACCGAAAAAGAAAGAGACUGCAGUGUCUGCUCCUGUUCCUUCAAACCAUGGUGCUACUGCAGGAUUCAUAUUUAGUUUUGGGACUCGUUUUGGGAAACCCAAAGGACCGAGGGGUCAACCCGAAACAUGGGUGUAAAUGGGUGAUCAGUGGGUAAGGUGAAGGAGGACCUGCCUGCCUACACCAGGUUACCGUUGGAUAAAAAAAUGACUGAAAUACCAGAAGACUAAUGAGAAAAAGAAAAUUAAUGAAUGAAUCUCAGUGAAUACAAGUGUUAAUGAAGUGACCAGCUAAUUUUGGUCACUAACUCAGGUGGUUAUUCUCACUGAUAUAUAUACAGUAUAUAUAUAUAGUGGCUUUUCUUGGGGCUCAGGUGAAAUCCCACAAAGCAUUGCAACAGGUAUUUUCCAAACUGAUUGUCAGCCUAGGGGAAAUGAAGUGGAAAUGAAAAGCUUUUAAAAGCACAAGUUAACACUGUGGAAACGAAAUAAAUCUUGUGAACGAUACCUAUUAGCCUUAACAUAUAAAUCUGUGCCUACACCUUAUAAAAAAAAAAGUUAAAAUAAAAACACACUCACCUUAAUAGCUACAUAAAUCAGUAACAAAGCAUAGAAAUGUUUUCCUUUUAUGUUACCUGUUCAUUUAUCUGUAUUUUUUUUUUUUUUUUUUUUUUUUUUGGGCUUUAUUUCUUGCGGCUGCUGUUGAAAUAGCCAUAAUUUCUGCCUCGUUUUUGUUGUUUUUUUUCAUGUUCAAUUUUAAAUUAAUGAGUGAUUUUAACUUUCAAACUACUGAUUACUGAUUGAUCCUCUUCUGUUAAAAAAAAAAUCAGGAUCAGCCAAAAACUUUUGCAUUGCUUGGUAACAUGGAUGCUACUGUAUUGUCAGUCAUUUGCACUAGAACUUUAUAACUUCUCAGUAUAUUUAUAUACGACAGGGUUGUAGCAGUGUGGACUGUCUGAGUGUCUACUAGCUUGAAGGGCAAAUCCAGACUGGUACGAGCUGGAAAGACAAACUUUUUUGUAUAAGCAUACACAUGAUUUGUGCUUUAUUUCCUUCGUUUUUGUGUGUAAAUGUUUUUUUUUCAUGUUUUUUUUACAUGAUGCAAAUUAGAGGUUGAAUGGAAGGAGUAAUAUAAAGAUGAUUUAAUAUUCCAUAACUGCAAGUGUUAAAUUAUAAUAUUAAUUUACAAUGUACAGAGCUAUGUCUAUCCUUUAAAAAAAGUAUGCUACUGUUUUAAAAAUCUUGUCAAGGAAUUAUUUAAAACAAUAUAUAAAUCUAUACGAA